AUGAGUUGGAACGGCGACGGCAAGGAAGGAGGUUGGGGAUCGGCUACUGCCGACGGCGGCGGGGGCCCUUGCGGGGCGUGCAAGUUCCUGAGGCGCAAGUGCGUGAGCGGGUGCAUAUUCGCGCCAUACUUCGACCCUGAGGGAGGAGCGGGGCACUUCGCGGCGGUGCACCGUGUGUUCGGGGCGAGCAACGCAUCCAAGCUGCUGCAGCGCGUGCCGCCGCACCGGCGGCUCCACGCCGUACUGACGAUGUGCUACGAGGCCCACGCGCGCCUGCGGGAUCCCGUCUUCGGCUGCGUAGCCCAUGUCUUCGCUCUGCAGCAGCAGGUAGAAUUAAGCUCGACAGAGAAGGCUGACUGGUCUUGAUACUUUAUCAUCAUCAUCUUCCUCGGCACCGGAUUCACCAGUUUUCGCGACAGGUGGUAAGCUUGGAAGCCGAGCUGGGACUCGUCCAAGCGAGACUAUCCGCCGCCCGGAGCAGCAGCUGCGCCGCCAUCCUCCUUCCAAGCGGCGGCGGCGGCCAGUACACUUCUGACUCCUCCCUCUUCAACGCGACCCUUGAAGAAACCUUGCCUCGCCCAGAGCUAGAUGGCGAGAGGCACUGCGCAGGGCAGCCGGUGCAACAGCCGGAAAACGACGAGGUAGAAACCCUAGUGCAGGAAUACUUCGCCAAGUACCUGCAGGGCGCGAAGCUCCGGUGGCCAGAUUCUCUAUGA